AUUUUCGAACGCACUCCUACUAUGGAGGACUCGAUGUAGAGCGGAGAGAAUUCAUAUCUUUCUCUCGUUAUCCUAUAUUUACGAUUUUUACGAAUUAUCACACAAUUAUUCGGACUUGUUCCAGGCCGUCCAAAAAAAAAGCAAGAGGAAAUGACGAGCCCAGUCGUAAUUUCGGCCACAGCUAAACACACAGCAACGUUAAUAUUUUUCCAUGGAUUGGGUGAUACAGGACAUGGCUGGGCUAGUUCAAUGGGUGCUGUACGAUCCCCUCAUAUCAAAGUUAUUUGUCCUACUGCGCCUACAAUGCCAGUGACACUUAAUACAGGGUUUAGAAUGCCUUCCUGGUUUGAUUUACGAUCUCUGGACUCCAGUGGCCCAGAGGAUGAAGAAGGUAUACGUAAAGCUGCUGAAACAGUUCACUCGUUAAUAGCGGAAGAAGUUGCCGCUGGGAUACCCACUACACGUAUCGUUCUUGGAGGAUUUAGUCAAGGUGGAGCACUAGCCAUGUACAGUGCCCUUACAUUCCCAGAGCCUUUAGCUGGUAUCGUAGCUUUGUCUGCAUGGCUUCCUUUACAUCAAAAAUUUCCGGCGGAAGCAAUAGGCAAUAAAAACACUCCAUUAUUACAAUGUCACGGCGACUGCGAUCCAAUAGUGCCAUAUAGAUGGGGUCAAAUGACAGCAUCUCUUCUGAAACAAUUCAUGACACAGACAGAAUUUAAAACUUAUAGAGGAAUGAUGCAUACCUCUUCCGAGGAGGAAAUGCGCGAUAUAAAAAAAUUCAUCGAGAAGGUAUUGAAACCGUAAUAAAUCGAAACAUGCAUCGAUAUUUUAAUGGCUACCUUCAGCAUCUAAUUGUAUAUUAAAAUGAAAUUAUUCCAAUUUUGCAAUUAUUUAAAUUUACAUAAAUUGCAUAAAUUUUAAAGAAAUUAAGUAGAAAAGGAUUAAAAAUCUUCCGAUAUGAAAAAGAUGCAUAGAAAAAAAAAAUAUCCUUUCUAGAGGAAUAUACUUAUUUACGAUCUCUAUAAUUUAUAUCUAAAUAUUUAAACUUCAAUAGUAUCUAGUGUACCAAAGCAUUCAUGUAGCAAUAUUACAAAUUAAUCCAUGUGGUUCUUAAUCCUUUUAGUAUGCAUCUAUAAUUUAUUAGGCAAAAAAUUAUUUUAAUUUGU